CCCUCCAGCCUCCGCUUCCCUCUCCCUCGGUAGCCCGGCCGGAACUUCGUGACGUCGGCCGCUUGGGGAAGGCUUGUGGCGGGGUUUGCUGCGUUUGAACAGCUUCCGUCCUGAACCGGAAGGCUGCGGUGGACGGAAUCCGGCGGGCGCCGGGCUGGAAGGUAUCAACAAUAAAGCUAAACAGUAGGAAAAACCAUUUGGAAUUGUUAACAUCUGCUUAAGAGUGCACACCAGGCCUCAGACUUUACAGGAGUCAUUAGAGGAAGCAAAAAUGUCAGCAUUAUCAAGGAGAGCAAAAUUAAAAGUUCAGGCUGUGGUGGUAAAAGAUGAGUUGCCUUCUUUCCUUGAAUCUUCAUCUGAAUCUGAAGAGGAUAAUGAUAAAGAUAGUUCUUGGGAGCCCCAAAAGAAAGCUUCCAGCAGCUUGAAGUUGCCCAUUUCUAAGAAAAACAAGCCAAAGAAAGUGUCUGUGGUACAGAAGAAAGCCCCACAGAUCAGCAGUAGUCCAAGAAAGGUGGCUAUUAAAGAAGAACUGAAUAGCUCUGUGCUUAUUGAUGAUGUUUCGGAAGACAGCAAAGAUGAACUCAAAGUGUUGCAGAAGCAGAAAACUACGACUAGCACACGGAAGAGAGUAUCUAAUAAGCCUCGAACGCAGAAGGCCAAAAAACUGAAAGUUGAUGAGGUGAUCUGCAGAACUGACAACGUAGAUGGUGGUGGUGGCAGUGGCAUCGAGAUACCAUCAACAAGCACUAUGCAGAGAGGAAGCAGCAUAAAGAAGAGAGAAGAUGAAGAGGACCUUACAUUUGGUGAACCCCCUUUAAAGAAAAUAAAAUCUACACUGUUUCCUCAGGGACAGCCUGUCAGAACUGCAGGAAAUGUCGGCAAAGUUAAGGAGGAGUUGGAAAUGAACUGGGACAUGGUACAGGUUUUAUCAGAAAGGACUAAUAUUGAACCUUGGGUAUGUGCCAAUAUCAUCUGCCUUUUUAAUGAUGAUAAUACAAUUCCUUUCAUUGCCCGUUACCGAAAAGAGCUCAUUAACAAUCUUGAUGCUGAUGCUUUACGAGAAGUACAACAAACCCUCGAGGAGUUGAGGACUGUUGCAAAGAAGACUCAUGCCACUAUCCAGAAGAUUAAAAAGGAAGGGAAACUAUCAGAAUCCUUGUUAACAGCCUUGUUAAAUUGUAGAACUUUAGAAGAAUUAGACCAUGUGUCAGCCCCAUAUAAAACUGGGAGCAAAGGUACCAAGGCUCAAAGAGCCAAACAACUGGGGUUAGAAGGAGCAGCAAAGGCACUACUUGAAAAUCCAGGGACACUUAAUCUGUUGUCCUUUGUGAAGCCCAGUGUGAAAGGACUUUCAACUCUCCAGGAGAUUGAAAUAGGAGUGCAGCAUAUCUUAGCUGACAUGUUCGCUAAAGAUAAAGACACAUUGGAUUUUAUCAGGAAACUGUGCUCACGUAGGUAUGUUUGUAUCCAGUCAUCCUUGGCAAAGGUGUCAUCCAAGAAUGAAAGAGAGAAAGAUAUCAGUAAAUUUCAGCUUUACCAGAACUUUUCAUGCAACAUAAAAAGUAUUCAGCAUCAUCAGAUUCUGGCCAUUAACCGAGGGGAAAAUUUGAAGAUCCUGACAGUGAAGGUCAACAUUCCUGAUAGUGUGAAGAAUGAAUUCUGUAGUUGGUGUGUCCAGAACAGGUGGAGACCUUUACAAUUUGCCAGGCCGGAAUUAAUGAAGAUCUUACAUGAUUCCGUAGAGGAUUCCUACAAACGCCUCAUUUAUCCUCUCCUUUGUAGAGAGUACAGAUCAAAACUCACAUCAGAUGCAGAGAAGGAAUCAAUAAUGAUGUUUGGAAGAAACCUCAGACAGCUGCUUCUAACAAGUCCUGUUCCAGGGCGAACCUUGAUGGGAGUGGAUCCUGGAUACAAGCAUGGUUGCAAGUUAGCUAUUGUUUCUCCUACCAGUCAGAUACUUCAUACUGAUGUCGUCUACUUGCAUUCAGGACAAGGAUUCCGAGAAGCAGAGAAGAUAAAAAGGCUGUUGCUGAAUUUCAACUGCAGCACUGUAGUGAUUGGAAAUGGGACUGCUUGCCGUGAAACAGAGGCUUACUUUGCAGACCUGAUAAUGAAAAAAUACUUUGCACCACUAGAUGUUGUUUACUGCAUUGUCAAUGAAGCAGGAGCCUCAAUCUACAGUGUUAGUCCUGAAGCUAACAAAGAGAUGCCAGGCUUAGACCCUAAUUUGAGAAGUGCCGUUUCCAUAGCAAGACGUGUACAAGAUCCGUUAGCUGAGCUAGUGAAAAUUGAGCCGAAGCACAUUGGAGUUGGAAUGUAUCAGCAUGAUGUGUCCCAGACUUUAUUGAAAGCAACUCUGGAUAGCGUGGUGGAAGAAUGUGUCAGCUUUGUGGGAGUGGAUAUCAACAUCUGUUCAGAAAUUCUGUUAAGGCAUAUUGCAGGACUGAAUGCCAGCCGGGCCAAAAAUAUCAUUGAAUGGCGAGAGAAAAAUGGGCCUUUUAUUAAUCGGGAGCAACUAAAGAGUGUGAAAGGGCUAGGUCCCAAAUCUUUCCAACAAUGCGCAGGUUUUAUCAGAUUCAAUCAAGAUUACAUCAGAACAUUCUGCAGCAGUCUGCAAAAUGAAUCUUCAGCAGGGAAUCAAGUCCUGAGCAUUGCUGUGACAACUCCAAUAGAUGUUCAGUUUACAGACGAGAAACAAGGCAAGAAAAAAAGCAAAACAGCCCCAAAAGCUACACUGAAGCCAAAUCCUUUGGACCAAACGUGUAUCCACCCAGAAUCAUAUGACAUAGCUAUGAGGUUUUUAUCUCUCGUUGGUGGCAACCUCUGUGAAAUUGGAAAGCCUGAAAUGCAACAAAAAAUAAAUUCACUUCUUCAAAAGGAAGAAGUAGAAGGAAUUGCUAAAAGUUUGGGAACAACAGUACAAACAUUGCAAAUCAUCAUUGAUGGUCUGAGUCAACCUGAAAGCUUUGACUUCCGAACAGAUUUUGAUAAGCCUGACUUCAAGAGGAGCAUAGUCUGCCUAGAAGAUCUGAAUGUUGGGACAGUUCUCACUGGAAAAGUUGAAAAUGCUACUCUCUUUGGAGUUUUUGUGGAUAUAGGAGUGGGCAAGUCAGGGCUGAUUCCCAUCCGAAAUGUUACGGAAGCAAAGCUUUCCAAAGUGAAGAAGAGGAGGAGUCUUGGAUUGGGCCCUGGGCGAGAGGGUGGAAGUCAGAGUGAUCAAUAUUGAUAUUCCUCGAUCUAGGAUAACCCUAGACCUCAUUCGUGUUUUUGUGAGCAUCUCACUGGACACCAAACGAUUAAUUUCAUUUUUACUAAUCAU